GACGGUGUGAAUAAAAUCCAUACAUAACGGUGGCCUCUCGGAGCCUCCGCCCGCCUGUCCAUCCGCGGCCGGUUUAAAGAACCUUGCGCACCACGCGCAAUAUAGAAAUCCCCUCUAUUUUACAGCCCUUUCGCGGGUCUUCUUUCUUCCCCGCCAUUUCAUCCUUCCCGUCUACGCCUCGUUUCCAUCCAAGAAACUGCAGCGUGUGACAGCAGAUAAAACUAUGGAAAGAAAGCACUGUGUCUGAUGCAUCUAACUGUGCUUACAUCUUAGAUGGCAGUAUGCCCAAGUUAUAAUUUUUGUUAGUUUACUUUGGCACUGAUGUGGGCUGUUAACUCCCUCACCAACAAGUUGCUAAAAAUGAAUGAAGAAAAUAUCGGAUUGCCAGUUGGAAAUCGUUCUCGUUUGGCUGGAUCAUGUGACACCAUUCUGCCCCGCUCUCACUUUGUCAAAGUUCCACAUGUUCACCAGCUACGUAACUGGGAUUGCGGUCUUGCCUGUGUUUUAAUGGUUUUGAGGACUCUUGGCGUCGACCACUGUGACAUUCACUCCUUGGGGAAGCUUUGCAGCACGACAAGCAUUUGGACGGUUGAUCUGGCAUAUUUGUUGCAUAAAUUUUCUGUCAGUUUUUCUUUCCUCACGGUGACUUUAGGAGCAAAUCCAAAAUUUUCUGUGGAGACUUUUUACAAGGAGCAAUUGCCAAAUGACUUAGGACGAGUGGAUGGACUGUUUCAGAAGGCACUAGAAGCUGGAAUUAACAUAGAGUGCAGGUCCAUCAGCAGUGAAGAAAUUUCCGUCCUGAUACUGUCUGGGAGAUAUAUUGCUGUUGCUCUGGUUGACAAGUACAAGUUAAGUCGGUCUUGGCUGGAGGGUAUUUGCAUCUCAGGAUGUUAUGGAGGAACUUCAGGUUAUACUGGUCACUAUGUUGUGAUAUGUGGUUACGAUGCUGAUGUGGAUGAAUUUGAAAUAAGAGAUCCAGCCAGCUGUAGGUCUCAUUGGAAAGUAAAGGGGUGGAAACAAGCUCUCAGUGUGAGGAAUUAUAAGAUUCUCAACCUGAUGAUAUGCAUUGUAUACACAGUGUUUCAGUUUGGACAAGUGGAGCCCAUGGUUCAGAAAUCUAGACAGUCUGUCGGGACCCACCUUGGGUGGACCAUCUGUAAGAAUCUCCUCAGACGGUCCUAAUCUUUCUGUUGUGGUCAGCAAAUAGAUGUUGAAGCAGAGAAGUACAGCAACUGUCGACAUUGGAUUAAAAAAGGGGCCCAAGAUCUGCAGCUAGGAUUUAAAUACCAGAGAUUUUGGGCAUGAUCCACUGGUUUCGAGGCCCAACAGAAACUGUCUGGAUCACUGAACCCCCACUGUACAUACUGUAGGAUCAUAUAGUGAUCUCCUGAUCUCAAUACAAUCAGUCUACAUUGAUGGUUUGUGGGGUCCAUUUGGGUUGUAAUUUAUUUUUUGCAAUUUAUUUGGGCUUUCAUAUAUUGAAAUAUUAUUUGCUUUUCUUUGCAUAUCAUGGGCUUGUUGGAGUUAAUGUUGUAACAUUUAUUUGAGAAAAUACUGAAUAGGCUAUGAAUUUAAAUGAAAUUGGGAGAAUGUGCAGUUUGGAAAAUAUGAGCAGACUUUCUCAAUCUCCUGGGGGAUUGUAUGGAUGCAGGAAAGCAAUAUUUUCUUGUAAUUUGAUGUUUUCUAUUGUUUAGGUUGUAAAGAAAACUACUGGAUUUUAUGAAGUAAUUGUUGCACUUAUCUGUAGUUUUAA